AUGGUAUCUUACUCACAAAGACGGGUUUAUUACCUACGAGGGCAAGCCUAUAGGGGAAAUCGGCGCCGACGCGAUAUUAAAAAUUUUGAUACAGAUGACUCCAAAAUGGCUCCGUUUAUAUGUUUCGUAAUAAUUAUAUUCUUGCUACUGUCCAAAGAUUCAUACGUUGAAAAGACUUCUAAAGAUUUCUCAGAUACACUCGUCGUACAGAAUUCUUGUCCAUCAACAUCGGAAAGGCACUUAUCACUAGAAAUCAUUAUUUCUCCUACGAUAUCACAUCUUUCAUGUAUUUACAAUUUCUUGACGCCUAUGCAUGAUGUUUUAGAUACUACUGACAGUAUCCUCAGUGUAAAUUCACCUAUUGAUCUUCAGUUUCCUUAUGAACUACUCCCGUAUAAUAAUUCCACAAAUGUUUCAAUAAUAGAUUACACGAACCUAAACAUCCUACCUGAUCUUUCCAUUUGGAACGACAGAUCCAUCCUUAUUUUCGCAACACAUCGCCUCUAUUUUUCGUCAGAACCCACCUGUCCUGAAGUAUAUGUAUGUGCGAUUCCUAAUAAUGGACACAAUAGUACGACUUGUCACACUGACUUAGGUGAAGUUAGCGGGAGUUGCAAAGAUGAAAUCAGUGACCCUUAUUUCUUCAUGUUCCCACUUUCUACUGGUCUGAAAGUUUCAGUUAACAAUGUUGGUGAAUAUCCGGGUGUACAUAACAACAGCAUGCAUAUAAUUGUCACCUCUGGUUAUCGUUUACCACCAGGUGUUUUUACUUGUCCAUCGGGAUUUUUUGCUUGUGAUACAUUUGAUAAAAUAAAUGAACGUCGCAACUCUCCUUUGCAAUGGCCUUAUCGUAUCUGUUUACCCAUGCGAUUAUGGUGCGAUAAAGUGUUGAAUUGUCCGAUAAGUGGUUCGGAUGAGCAAAAUUGUUCAUCUACACCUCCUAUGAGCUUUCCACAUACAAAGUUUCAGAUUGAAAACGAAUAUCGAAUGCUAAAUGAUGUUUUAAAUCAAUUUGAGAAUACAAGUUUAUUAGAAUUUGUUGGUUAUCGGAAAAAAACUUCUGAACAACCGGUUACUAUGCUGCUGUCUGCAUACGUCAACACGUUUUGGUUAUCACUUAUACUAUUGAUUUCGAUAUUUAUUAUAACUAUUUUAUUAUGUGUAUAUAAAUUAUUAAAACGCAAACGCGAAGCUGGUACAGUGAGAGUUACUGAAGUAAAAGAUUAUCCUACAAACUCUGAAAUCUGUAAUGAUCAUACAUUGAAAAAUAGUAUAAACAAUAAUCAUUAUUCAGAGAAUGCUUUCUCUGAAGAUCAAUUAAAUAAGGAAGAAACUUGUAAUGAUGAUUUUCAGAAUAAUAAUAGCAGUAAUGGUAGUGGUAAUAAUGAAUAUCAUAAAUUUUUACCAAGUGAUGUUAAUUACCUGAAUGGUUAUUUGAACUCACUGGGUAACCAAGAGAUAGCUCCACUCAUUAAUGUGACAGAAAAACAAUAG